CGUUUUAAUUUCUACAUACGUAGGGUAAGUCGUCCAUGUUUGUUUGAAAUAGCGUCGUUUCGUUUUCAAAUUGGUAAAAUUACUUUUAAUCCGUAUCGAUUAAUAAAUUAAAUUUAAAAAUGAUUGAUUGUAUCGACUGAUAUUCUUUAUAUAACAAUUUUGUUUUAAUAGAAAUAAACUCAAUCAUGCCUAGAGGCAGAGGUUAUUCUUCAACGCCCAGGGGUUACCGAGGUAAUUCACAUCGAGGAAAUUCGUCGUGGAAUGGAAGCUCUAGCCGAGGUAGUCGAGGAGGUUAUCCCAGUUCCUCUAAAUACAACUCAUUUCACUCUUCAAUGGAAUCUAGAAGUCCUUAUGAGCCCAAGUCGAAAUAUUCCAGCUCUUCAGACCGUUUCUCUAGAUCAGACGACUAUCAUAAGUCUUACCGAUCCGACUAUAGCCACAGCCUUAGUCGAGACAGAAGGUCACCAGAUCGCAAACGAAUGAGACUUGAGGCUCCUAGUUCCAGACACGAUAGUUACUAUGGUUCAAGCAGACAUGACCCACCACCACCGCCAUCUUAUUCAGCAUCUUACUCGGAUCGACGACUGUCGAGUGAACGCCACCCAUCUUCUUCUCAGUUUUCCAGACGAGACGAUUUCCGCAGGCCCUCGGGCCCGCCGAAACGCGGCAGUUACCGCGGAAGGCUCAGUUCUAGGGGCUCCAGGGGCAUGCGUAUGUCAGAGCGCCCAAUGAGACGACGGCUAGUUGAAAGUUCUUACGUGGUGCGGAAGAGAGUCAUACCCCGUGUGGCUGACUUCCAACGGAGGUUAAAGAUAUCUAGAAUGAGGAGCGCCAUUGUGGCUAGAAGAGGAGUCAAAAGGACCUUUAAAGAAGAAACCAAAGAUGGCGAAGAUAAGGAAGAAAAAACCGAAAAGGAUGGUGAAGAUAAAAAAUCCAGUGACGAAAAGGAUAAAUCUGAAGAUGAAGAGGAAAAGAAAAGACGCAAGGCUUUCAUAAAACUGCAAUGCCCACAAUGUGGUUUGAAAGCUUUGACGUUCAGACGGUACGAGCUUCAUCUGCACGGACGCUCGCAUUUGUUUGCCAUGAGAAAAGUCGCUCUGAAACAGAAAGCCAUAUUGGGACAAAUGAGACAGGCCCAGAGAAACAGUCAGAACGAGCUGGAGAAAACCAGCAGCGAUUUGGGUAACAGAACUAAUUUCUGUCCGCUGUGCAAGCUGAAUUACAAACAAAAGAGAGCUGUUCAUCAGCUUUCAGAGUCCCACCAGAACAUGAAGAAGUUUUUGAUGCCUUUCUGCAAGAUAUGCAAUAUUUCAUUCGAGAGCCCCAUGAUCUAUGAGAACCAUUGCUGCUCCAUUGAUCAUAUUAAGCGUAAACAACGUAUGGAAAGUAGCGAUGGGUCUGGAGAGGAAGAUAAUCUGGAAAAUUUCACUACUAUUGAUUCAGUUGGUGAUGUUGAUGGCGAAGAAGCGUCCGAAACCGAAGAAAAGAAAGAAGAAGAUGACAAAGAACCGGCCGUAAACGUGGGCAUCGAAAAAAUCCGAAAAAUCGAAGCCUACUACUGCGAUCUGUGCAAAAUGUACCUACAAAGGGGAGACGAAGAGGAACUAAACAAAAUCCUUUCACGGCAUUGCAAGCAGCGAGUCCACAUGCAGCGAUACAUUCGCUUGAAGGAAGCCGAUGAGUUGGCCAAAAAGGAGGCUGCUAAGGAAGGCAAAGAAAAGAAAGACGGGACCGAGAGCGAUAAAGAUAAGCCAUCAAAAACCGACGAUGAUGAAACUAAGGAUGAUAAGUUGUGGGCUGAUGUAGAUAAGGAUUUGGGAGAUAUUUUGGCUGAAGCGGAAUCGGGCAAUAAGAGUUCAGAUGAAGAUGAGGAUUCUCAUGUGAAUGGAGAGCGAUAUGAUAGAUUUAAAUUGAGUGAGAAGAAUGGCGAAGAGAAACUGAUGGGCGAAGAGGAAGGAAUACUAGAUAACAAAUUAGUUAUAGAAGAUAGUGUUGAGAAAAAGUAA